AUGACGGUGUUGAAUGGUCAUGUAGUCGUAUGCCUUUUUGCUGACCGUGAUUCACCUCUUAUUGGUCUACGGAACUUCAUUAUGCCUCUGCGAGCCUCGAAUUUCCACUAUCACGAGCUGAAGCACGUUGUAAUCGUCGGUGAUCUCGACUAUCUGCGAAAAGAAUGGAAGACACUGUACAAUCUACCGAAGAUCUCCAUACUGAACGUAUGGAUCGCCAUUAUCGCGAGCGGAUUUACGGCUGUUAACAUCAACCUCUGUGAUAUGUGUGUGAUCAUAUCAGCUCGAGUGCCGAACACCGAAGACACAACGCUCGCCGAUAAAGAGGCAAUUCUGGCCUCAUUGAAUAUCAAGGCUAUGCAGGUCAGUUCAGUUUGA